AAAAAAAAAAAAACAAUAAGCUUUUUUGACCGCUUUUUUGACCGAAUCCUUAAAUUAAUCAAUCGAAUUAUUCUGAAUAAUUCUCCGCCCGAAUAAUUGCCGAAUCCGAAUUUGCUAACUAUGGGUGUAACAUGCAAAACGGCCAUCCAAUCAAAUUUUGGGAAUAAUUUCUAUAGGUGGAACAUGUUAGGGUGUAUUCUUUUGUGGGCUGGGUGGUUAGGGCAUUUCGGUCAUAGAGUUGCAUAGGCGGGUUAUCAUCACUAUGUACCCAAUGGAAAAUAUUAUGGAUUAUUUAAGCUGGCUUUGGCUUUGGGUUCCCCUCACCGCCAGCUUGGGAAGAAAUCCCCAGGCAUAUACAAUAUUGACCAUAGGAUGGGGCAAUUUACAUCUCGCCCAUUUGCUACCGUUGCCUGUGAAUCACUUGCGAUCCACCACCGUUGCAGCCUCCAACUGUCACUAACGCUUUGCAACCCACCCCAAACAAUCUCUUCCUCUCUCUGCAUCUGAGACAGAGGGUUAGGGAUGGACUCAUGAGGCCAGGAAAAUUGACGAGGAGAGGGAAGAUUGGAAUUUUUUAUGAGAGCAAAUAAGCAAACUAAUAAAAUCAAAACUCUUUUUUUUUUUAUUUGAAGAAAAAGGGGUGGGGGGUGUAGGUGAAUGCCCACCCUAUUUCUAAUCGAGAUUUUUUUACACAGAGCGUCUUUCGCUAUGUUCUUAAGUACAUACAUAGGAUAAUCAUUAGCCUUUCUAAUAACAAAAGUAGUGUUAGUAAAAAAUGAUUAAGUUCAAAGUGACGAAUUAAAGUAAACCAAGGCCAAGACAAAAAAUUGUUAGAUUGUAUUAGAGUGUCUAGACCAUUCACAUCACUCCAAAUUUCCCGGACCUUCCACCCUUGCAAAAGUUUUUGCUACGGAUAUAUAUCGAUGAAUUCCCCUCAGUUAAGGUUUUUAGCUUAUCGUCAAGCUAAGAAAGUGUGACUCUCUACUAGUCUUGUUGAUGGUAUGACUAUCCACACAUACAUUUGAAAUGAUCCAUCCUUAUUUGACAUUAAUAAGAUAGGCUAGAACUGGACAUGAUUACAUUGUCUCGAAUCAAUCCUUUCUUCAAAAGUUCGCUAACUUUGUCAAUUCAAAUCAACAUGUUCUGUAAGACUCACAAGGUAUGCAGCUUGCUUUGGCAAAUUAAAUCCUUAGAAGACAGACAUAUUUGAUUACGUAUCUAUUUCAAAUAGUUUUUUAUAAUAAUCUUCUUUUCUCUUUGCCAUGGAUAAAUGUAUAUGUAGGGAAAAGAAGCAUUACCAACAGCUUUUUCUAAGAAUUUUUGCCACGGAUAUAUAUCGGUAGAGGAAUUAUUAAUCAAUAAUUUUCUUGGAAUUAUUUAUCACGAAUAAAUGUAUCCAUAGCAUAACUAAGCAUUACCAACAACCUAAGCAAACAAUAAUCAACUUUUUUCCAAAGAAUUUUUUUUUCAUGAAUAAUUGCAAAUAUGUCGCACCUAAUAGAGCUGUUUGGAGGAUAAAGUUCCAUGUUGCUGAUCGCAUUUAAGUGGGAUGUCCUGGAGGUGUUGUGUUGCUAUGUUUUUUUUUUUUUUUUUUUUUCAUUUGCAUUUUUAUCUCUCCCAGUCGCGAAUCAAUGUAGCUGACCCUAUUAAAUUGGGAAAAGGCUUUGUUGUUGUUAUAAACGCAAAUGUGUCAAUUAGGAAUCAAAACCAAUUUCAACCAUUUAAAAUAGGGCUAAAAUGAACCAAAGAUGAAUCGGUUUGAUUUUAAUUUUAAAACAAGGAACAUUUUCUCUACUCAAUUUGGUUUCAAUUUUGGGGUGAAACUAUUAGAUUAGAAUUGAAUUGAAUUUACUAUUUUUUUACCCAAACUGGAAAAAUCCAUGCAUAUAUAUAACCCGUAAAAGCACUAGGGCUCAUAGGAAAAUUCAAUGCAGAAUAAUCCUAUUUACAUUUUGUUCAAAUAUGGUGACGGAAAAGACCAAUAAAGUUUUCAAGGAUAAAGAAAUAAAGCAUCAUUAAGUCACAAGUAAAUCUGGGACAUCUGUUGAAUAUUCAUCAUUAUGAACGAGGAUUAGUUGAGGUGUGGUUAAACUUAACUUUGAAUCUAAGAUUUUUUUUUUCCCAAUUACUUUUGAGCAGUAAUUUCUUUGAUUUUUCCCAAAACAAGAUACUAGAACUUACUAUUUUUUCUGUGGAUUAUGCACUGUAUUUAAGUCAAUCUUAUUAUUCUAUGUUAUUAUUAUUUUUUUUUUUAUUGAUGAAAUGUCAUUGUUGUAGAAACGCAACCUUAAAAUGAUGAAGAAAAUAAAGGGAAAAUAAGCACAAGCAAUGAACAUAGGUUUACGAGAUUUGGCAAUAUUGCCUAUAUCAUUGGUGAGAUGAGAUCAUGUUUCACUAUCAAUGGAGAAUGAGGUUACAUCGCUCGUCCUCACCUCUCUCAAAAUAGGGACAGCCGUUUUGCUUGUCGAGGCGCUUGCAGCAGUACUCUUUGAAUUAAAUUGUGACGAAAUACAAAACAUCGUACACCAACAAUUGUGGGUGAUAGAACUAAACCAAAUACAUAACAACAUUAAAACCCGGCAAGGAACCAAACCCAAAACAAACCGAACCAAUAGUUCGAUUUUGAUUUUGAAAUGUGUUCCCAUUUUUUGUUUUAAUUUUUACAUUUGUAUUUUGAACCAAAUCAAAUAACCGAAAUCGAACCCAUUGAUACCAUUGUUACGCUACCUUAACAGAUAGUGAUCAAUUCUAACAUUUAUUUUACGACGGAAAUCCUGUCCGUGGAAAGCCACUCGGGCUUGGGCCGCUUGGCCAAUACGAACCCGGUCAAUCCCAACCCAGCAUUCAACCGGGGGUGGGGCUGCUUUUUCCGCGGCCUAAAAUCUGUCAGGGGCGAGUUGAGAGCGAUUGGAUUUAGGAGUCACAGCCUCGAGGCUCAACUGCUCAAGAGCAGUUGCAGUGGCGGGCAGAUGGGAGGAGCCAUGGCAGUGGCACCACAUUCUCGCCUUCUCGUAGGCCAACACUUCUCCUUUGGUUGCUUCCGUUCAAGUUCAAUUUCAAUUAAGCGGCAGCAGCAGCAGCGGCGGUUUCUACUUAUGGGGUCGGACCACUACCAAGAGAAGGCCGCCAAGUACUGGGAUCAUUUCUACAAGAUUCAUCACAACAAGUUCUUCAAGGACCGUCAUUACCUGGAGAAGGAUUGGGGACGAUUUUUCUCUGCUGAGAAGGACCAGGAGGCGAAGGUUGUGUUAGAGGUUGGUUGUGGAGCUGGCAAUACGAUAUUUCCCCUUAUUGCUGCAUUUCCCAAUCUAUAUGUUCAUGCUUGUGAUUUCUCACCCCAUGCGAUCUCUCUUGUUAAGUCACAUGGAGAUUUCAGAGAAGACCAGGUGAAUGCGUUUGUCUGUGAUGUCACAAGUGAUGAUCUCUGUCAGAAAAUUGUACCUUUUUCUGUUGAUAUUGUGACCUUGAUUUUUAUGUUGUCUGCAGUUUCACCAAAGAAAAUGCCCUUGUUAUUGCAGAACAUCCGAAGAAUACUUAACCCUAAUGGUUAUGUUCUUGUACGAGACUAUGCAACUGGAGAUUUUGCUCAAGAGAGGCUUACCAGCAGAAAUCAGAUGAUUGGGGAGAACUUCUAUGUUAGAGGAGAUGGCACUUGUGUCUUCUGUUUCUCGGAAGAUUGCUUGUCUACCUUGUUUAAAAGGGAAGGCUUCAAUACUGUAGAAAUAAAUGUAUACUGCAAGCAAAUAAAAAAUUGUUCUCGCAACAUUGUCAUGGACCGGUACGUUCAAUUUUUCCUUCAGUAUUUCAAACUAUUACAGUUCUUUUUGAUAAUCCGAGUAUUUCUCUCAUUCAAUAUAUUCUUUUCUUCUUUUUUCUCCAUCAGUAUGUCUAGAAUGUAUUUGACUUUACAUUAGUUUGUGGAAUCUGGUUCAACAUCUGUGAAAAUAGUUAUUACAUGAUUCUUAGAAGUGGCACAAUGAAAUAUUAAAUGUACAACUUUUGGCCCAUAAGCUGUUGUGUUUUAAAAUUUACCCCCGUUGCUUAAGUGUUCCAUUUACUGUUAUAGAUCUGAAAUUAGGAAAUCUAAUAAAAGUUUGAUUUGGUUUAAAUGCUGAUGAUUCUUGAUUCUACAUUUUAUCUCCCAUUCUACCACCCCCCCCCCCCUGGGGCGGGAGCACCCCUCUCACAUCAAUGUUGAAGCUGUCAAUUUAAAUUUUCCAGUGCUUUCAUGUUACCAGAAUGGCAUUGGUUAGUGACAUGAAAAUGUUUUGUUGGUUGUUAAAUUAUCACCUCUUACAAAUUUGAAAAUUAGGUUCUCAAAUUUCUAAGUUUUCAGAAUAUUCAGGGAUGUGUUAUUUUCUCCUCGAGGUGCAAUUUCCUUUGGUCUUCCUUUCAGUUUUGCUGACUUUGUGGUUCUGUCUACUCUUGGUAGGCGUUGGAUACGUGCUGUAUUUAGUGACUCAGAUUGUCCUCGACCAACUCUUUUUCAAGAGUCAAGAUGACAGUCUGGUGACCUGAUUUGGGCUGCAGAAGAUCCUCUAAUUCAGUCAGUUUAGUCAGUAAACUCAAUCGGUCACUGUGGAGGGAGGCGUUAGUUUUGUCAAUUUAUUUGACCAAUAGACACAUCUGUGGUAGGUAUAUGUCCUAAAAUGGCAGUUACGUUCGUAAGGAUUUUGAGUUGCAAGUUGGAACUGGAUGGACGAAUGAUUAACUGCAGCAAUUUUUCCAGCCACUUGAGAUAUUGCUCCCGGAUGAGUUGGAAGAACCAAUACAUGCACAUUCAAAACAUUAGUAGCAUUUUUUCCCCCCUUUUUUUUUUCCCCCACAUUGAUAAAACCUCAGUUUUGUGCACAAGAGCAAUUUUAUGGGAUGAAGAUGGUGAUUAAUAUUGUUGUAUGGACCCUAUCAAUCAGCUGUGUUCAUUAUUCUGGCCACAUAAUGGAAAGCUUGUGGCUGGAAACACAUGCUCUCUAAUGCUUGAAAAGGGUAGAUACCACGUUUGUCUA